CGUUUUAUCAUAUAACUGGCGUUCAUUCAUCGAAGUUUAUUUUUCUCUUGGUGCCUUUAGUAAAAGUUAGUGAGACUAUGAUCACUACUACUUCACGAAACACUGCCAUUAGAACUAGGUCAAUGAGGCCUGAAGAAGUCCAUUAUUUACCAGACCUCGCUGUUUAUAUUAAUUUGUCAUUAUAAUCACAGACUGUCUAGCACGCGACAGACAAUCUUGGAAUUACACGUAGUUGACAAAAAUGUUUCGAAAAAUGGUUACUUCGUUAUUUUUGCUCUUCCUUCUGAUGAUUUGGGGAGAAUGUAUGACAAAGCAGGAGAUAGAACAGUAUAGGUUAAAGACAAAAUCUAUGUUUUACCAUGGAUAUGACAGUUAUCUGAGACAUGCUUAUCCUUAUGAUGAAUUAAAGCCUUUGUCAUGCAGUGGUCAGGAUACAUGGGGAAGUUACUCUUUAACCUUGAUAGAUGCCCUGGACACACUGCUGGUUCUUGGAAAUACAUCAGAGUUUCAAAGGAUCACCAAUCUGCUGGAACUUACUUUAGAUUUUGAUAUGGAUAUUAAUGUUUCUGUCUUUGAAACAAACAUAAGAGUGGUAGGAGGUCUUCUGUCAGCUCACUUACUUGCACCAAGGGCUGGAAUCACUGUAGAGGAAGGGUGGCCAUGUCAAGGUCCUCUGUUAAGACUCGCUGUAGAUGCAGCUGAAAGGCUGCUGCCAGCUUUUGACACCCCAACUGGGAUGCCAUAUGGUACAGUGAAUCUUCGUUAUGGAAUCCCUCCGUCUGAGACACCAAUCACCUGUACUGCAGGGUGUGGCACUUUCAUUGUAGAGUUUGGAACAAUCAGCGCCCUGACAGGUGAUCAAAGAUUUAUGGAUACUGCUAUGAAAGCUUUAGAAGGUCUCUGGAAAAGCAGAUCAAAGCUUGGACUGGUGGGUAACCAUAUUGAUGUAGUAAGUGGGAAAUGGACAGCUCAGGAUGCAGGCAUUGGAGCUGGUGUUGACUCUUACUUUGAGUAUCUCCUUAAAGGAGGUAUUCUGUUUAGUUCUCCGAGAUUGGUGGACAUGUUCAAAGAAUUUUAUGACAAAGUUCAGCAGUACCUGAAGAUUAGUGAUUGGUAUGUGUGGGUCCAUAUGGAUAAAGGUCAGAUUACAAUGCCAAUCUUUCAGUCUCUCGAUGCCUAUUGGCCAGGACUUCAGACACUAUGGGGUGAUAUCGGAGCAGCAUCAAGAACUCUUCAAAAGUACCACAGUGUCUGGCGACAUUUUGGAUUCAUCCCUGAGUUUUAUCAGAUUGCAUCUGGAGAGCCUUACUCUGGAAGAGCUGGAUAUCCUCUGAGACCAGAGCUGAUUGAGAGUGCCAUGUACUUAUAUCGUGCAACAAAGGAUCCAUAUUUUCUUGAAGUAGGGAGGGAUAUGCUGGAAUCAAUAGAAAGCAGUGCUAGAACCCCAUGUGGAUAUGCUACAAUAAAAGAUGUGAAGACACAUGAGCAAGAGGAUAGGAUGGAGUCUUUUUUCUUAGCAGAAACAACCAAGUAUUUGUAUCUUUUAUUUGAUGAACAUAAUUUCAUUCAUCAGAGCAAUGGCUCAGUGGAUCAACAAAUCAGACCCACACAGUCACCUUCAUGCAAUCCUGGCUCUGCAGGUUACUUAUUUAACACAGAAGCUCAUCCAAUUGAUAUUGGAGCAAUACACUGUUGCUCACCUUCAAGACUGACAUACAUACCUGAUGAAUUAUUUAGAACUCGAGAUAUGAUAGCAGAAAACUCCCAAGAACUGAAUUAUGAAAUUAAUGAGGAUUUGAAUAAUGAAGAUGUGCAAAAAACGUUCACCGGUGCUUACACUUGCAAGGAAAGACCUUUCCACAAGAGAUUCUCCGUGUUAGGUGCAUUUUUUGAAGGAAGCGAUGAGGCACCUUAGUACAUGCUUGGGUAAGUUUCCUUCUAAGUGGUUUUUGGGAUGUCAUGCAACACUCUGGGAGCCGUGUGUGACAUCUUAAAAAAUGACUUGGAAUGAGACUUAACAUGGGUUGGCUCUACAGAAUAAAGAAAAAAUUAUAUGAAUAUUUAUUCAAUUAAAAAUUGAAGUUUCAAAUUAUCUAUUUUUCUAAAUGUGGUGUACCAAGAAAAUAUUUCCACUCUAAAUAUUUACAGAUUAGAGGAUUUUUCUGAACCCAUGGGGAAUAAAACAUCCCUUACCAAUCUUUACCAUAACAGCCCAUUUAAAAAAAAAAAAAAAGGAGAUCGGACUGGGCAAGGUGCAAUAGUAAGCCUAGUUAGGUUAAGUUUUGCCUUUUAUGAUAUCAUAGAACUCAGUAAAAUGACCUACUAUUGAGAGUAAUUUGGCCACUGUAAGGAGUUAAAAAGCUGAUGUUUUGAGCAUUAGCCCUUCAUCAGAGUGAAGGGCAAAGGGCUGACGCUUGAAACAUGAGCUUUUUAAACUCUUUAUGGUAGCCAGUUUACAAUUUUAACUUAGUUAAUGAAAUGAAAUUAAUCUGUAGCCAGUCUCCUUCAUCAUCUGAACAAGAGCUGCUGAAUGCAGCUGUGUCAAUCUUCACAUUGGAAGUGACAUCAUCCUAUUACAUUAUCACAACAUCUUAUGAUUAUACUUCAUCAUAAAUCUUGUUAUAUUAUCUAUUUUAAUAACUGUGGAAAAUGUUAAAAUAGUUAGCAAGCAAACUGUUUGCUAAAAAGAAUUGGACAAGUUAGAAAAUUUGCAGCGAUUGACAGUUGCAUGAAGUACACAACUGGAUGGUUUUGAAAAAUAGCUGUGAUAAUUUUUUAUUUCAUUAUUACUCAGAAUGUGUUACCAUAUGAUAAUAAAAUCAUUAUAAAUUAUAGUUAUUAAUAGAAUAAUAAAGUAAUACUCAUAAAUCACAAUACCUACUGAGUUUCUAUUGAAAUUAAUGUGUAUCUAUAGCAAUUUAAACAAAAAGUUUUUUUCAAUAUGCAGUAAAAGAGAAAAACAUUACGAAAAGACUGAAAAAAAACCUCUGUGAACAGGGUACAAUGUGGUGCUAGGUGAGUCAAUUACUAGUCUAAGAGGUUUCACCUCCCUCUAGAAAUUUGAUACACAAUGACAAGAAAACUAUUAACACCUUUAUAUUAUUCUACAGGAAAUUUGAUUACUUGAUGAGGGAAUAAUUUCUGCAUUAAAUUUCAUGCAAAAACUGAUAUCGCACAAAUCACAAGGCGAGUGUGAUAUUAAAUUUGAGUCAAGUGAUGGAUUUUCCUUGAAUCGCAAAAUUGAAUAAAAAAAAAAAAAUUAAAAAAAAACCAGCAAUACUUAUAGUUUCCAAAAAAAGAAAAUGAUUACUUUUAACCUGUGUAACAAAGGUUUCCAUCCAAUUUCUAGACUCUCUCAUAUAAUUUCAAACACUUGCCUCUGAUUUUAGACACUCAGUCUGCUGUGGAACUUUUCCCUCUGAUUAAAUGUAGAAGGGUUAAUAAAAGCAAAGAGGGUGAUAGGGGUAGGGAGGGUAAGAAGGAGAACCAGAGAUGCAAAGGGGGGUGUGGGGGAGUUACUACAAGCAGACAAGCAACAAAUCAGAAGUUAAAAAGCAAGAAAUUUGAUUAAUUUAUUAAUUUGUUUGGUAUUGUUUGUAAAAGUAUUGUUUUGUUCUAGAGAGUUAGUUAAAGUGUCACUGUAUGCAAGUACAUAAAUUUAAGUAAAUCAAAAGUUAACAACUCUUCCAAUAUUAUAGCCUUAAAAAAAAUAAUACAACUGAUUAUAAGUAGUAUAAAGUGGACUUAAAUUUUUACCUUUUGACACCAUCUUACUCUUGAGA